UCCUGUGAUAAAUAAAAUAAAUACAAAAGUAAUUUAAUUUCAAUAUAGAAAAAUGAUUAUAUACCGUUUUUCCAUCUAAAUUAUAAAAUUCUAUUAGAAAGUACAGAUUUUGGAUGAAAUAAUGAUCGUACGAUAAUAUUAGUAUUGAUUUUAAUUGUUGCUAAUGUUAAAUUGUAUAUUACUUUAGAGAUUCUACAUUAGAAUAUUCUUUGCAAAAUGACAACACCCAAAUUGCUGUAUACACUAGAGCAGCCUCAUGGACUUGGUGAGCUAUAUUUCCAAUGGCAGAAAGGUGAAUCUGGUUUGCUGCUGGCCACAACUGGAACUGAUGCCACAGUUGCAAUCCAUGAUCGCACUGGGCAGUUAAUAGAAAGAAUGAAGCUGCAAGGUGUUUGUGGUGGUAUGGAAUGGGAUAAUGAUGGGGAUUAUUUGGCCAUUAUAACUCCGAGUAUUAACUCUGUACUGCUUUGGGAAUGCCAUGCUAACAAACGUGUUACCGUUGAGACUGGCCUUCGGGAGCCCCCCUCUUCUAUAGCUUGGGCAUAUGGUGAACCAUUAUUAGCGGUUGGCACUCAAAAAGGCAACCUGGCACUGUACAAUCAUCAUACAACAAAGAGGAUACCAAUAAUUGGGAAGCAUACCAAAAAGAUCACUUGCUCUGCUUGGAACAAAGACAGUAUUCUAGUGUUGGCAUCCGAGGACAAAACUCUUUCUAUUAAUAAUUCCGAUGGAGAUACUCUUCGUAUCAUAUCCCUUAGAGACACACCAAAUGACCUGCAAUUUUCUGAAAUGAAAACAGAUGAGAGAGUAGCUGGAGAAAAUACUAUAAGCCUCGUUGUUGGCAAACGAACGUUGUACUUAUAUAAUCUGCUAAAUCCAGAGAACCCUAUAGAACUAGCAUUCCAGCAACGGUAUGGGUCAAUAGUCUCAUACAAGUGGUAUGGGGAUGGGUACAUCCUCAUAGGAUUCAGCGCUGGCUAUAUUAUAUCCAUAUCUACUCACAUAAAGGAGGUCGGCGAGGAAUUGUUCCAAGUGAAAAAUCAUAAGGAAAAUUUAACUGAUAUAGCUGUUUGCAAUUCGCUGGCUGCUUCAUGUGGUGAUGGACAGCUGAAGCUGAUCUCGCUGUGGAACAAGGGCGAGGUGACGGGCGCGGCGCGGCCGGGCGGCGGCGCGGCGCGCGCGGCGUGGAGCGCGGACGGGCGGCUGGUGGCGGCGGCGGGCCGCCACGUGGCCGUCUACGUGACCGCGCUGCCGCCGCUGCACGCCGCGCACGCCGCUCGCGCGCUCGCGCUCUGCUCGCUCUCGCAGGCCACGCUCUACCAGUGCGUGCCGCUCGCGCCCGACGCCGACCCGAUCAACUCCGCGGAGCCCGUGGCUCUGGCCACGUACUCGUUCCCCACGGAGCCGAGUGUGAUCGCGCUGGGCGCCUCGCACGUGUGCUGCGUGAGCGGCGCCCACGCGUGGUUCUACCCGCUGGCCGCCGCGGGGGCCGGCCGGGCGGCGCUGCGGCGGCAGUACGCGGCGCCCGUGCAGACCAUACGCCUCGCCGGGGAUUACGCCGCCGCACUCUUCCAGGGGAAGGCCAUGCUGCACUUGAUCGAGCAGUCGGAUCCAUCUGAACCAGAGCGAGAGGCUAUGAUAUUCCCCGAGCCACAUAUGCAAGACGCUAACAUCGUCGAUAUACUUCUCACCGGUGACUUCUUUAUCUUCGUUACUGACCAAGGUCACAUCGAGUACUUCGGCGUGGAGGAGUGGCGGUCGGCGACGCGGUACAAGCACACGUGCGGCGUGACGGGCGUGUACUGCGACAUCAGCGGCGCGCGCGCCUGCGUGGCGGACGAGCGGCGCCGCGCUCACGUGUACUGCCCCGCGGGCGGCGAGCUGGUCGCCGUGCCGCCCGCGCCGCACCCCGCCCCCCUCAGAGGCGUGAUCUGGGACAUCUGUCUGUCGGAUCGUAACGUGUUCAUCAUAUUCUCUGAGGAAACGAUCGAUACGUACUACUACGCGGCCAACUCGAUCGACGGUUCGCAUGUGGACUACGUGGCCACCACCACAAUCCUCACGGGACAGAUACCGCUCAUUAUGUUCUCUGGCGACGUCUACUGCUACGCAACGGGUGGGAUCGUGCAGAAGGUGUCCCUAGAGUCGCACCACACGGCCGGGCUGGCGGAGGCGGACGCGGAGAAGCGCGCGGCCAACCAGCGCCUGCACGUGGACAAGCUGGCGCGCCUGCGACGCUUCGCCGACGCCGCGCUCUACUGCGAGGCGCUCGCCGACGACGCCGCUACCAGGCUCCUUGCUGAGCGGGCAGCCGCCGACCUCAAUCUCGACUUCGCUAUUCGAAUGUAUACUCGACUGAGUGAUGUUGCUAUGGUUUGGGCACUAGAAGAUGCGUCGCAUAUCGAAGAUUUAUCUAUACUGUGUGGUACGGUGUGCGCGUGCUGCGGGCGAGGCGAGGCGGCGGCGCGGUGGCUGGAGGGCGCGGGCGGGGGUGCGGGCGGGGGCGGGGGCGCUGCGGCGGCGGCGCUGGAGCUGCACGCGGCGCGCGGGGACUGGCCGCGUGCGGCCGCGCUCGCCGCUACCGCAUGCCCGCGCCGCGCGCCAGACCUCAUGCGUCUCCACGCCCACCACCUCGAGCUCACAGCCGAUUAUCAUGAAGCCCUCGCGAACUACGAAAAAAGUCUAAUACCUGAUAACACGGAUGAUCCAAAAGUGAUGGAACACAAUAGUCGCUGCGAAGCUGGCAUCGCUCGUACUAGCAUCCGAUGCGGAGACGUGGCGCGGGGUGUCACUAUGGCCAUGAAAAACGCCCAUCAAACCAUGCUGCUGAAGGAUUGCGCGCAAUUACUGGAAGAAGAGAAACAGUACAGCCACGCGGCCGCCCUCUACGAUCACGCGGGGAACACGGAGAAGGCCGCUUCCUUGUACAUCAAACUCAAGUCCUGGCUAAAAGUCGAGGCGCUUCUCCCUAAAAUCAACUCCCCCGGGAUACAUAUACAGUACGCGAAGGCUAAAGAAGCCGAGGGCAGAUACUCUGACGCUCUAAAGUCGUACUUAAAAGCGCAGGACUACGAAUCAGCUAUACGAUUAAAUCUUGAGAAAUUAGAUGAUAUCGACGAAGCCGUUACUCUUGUACAGGAAUCCAAGUCGGUCCAGGGGGCCAAAAUGGUAGCAAACUAUUUUCAAAACAGUGACGACCCUAGUUCGGCAAUUAAGUUCUUGGUGAUGUCCCUAUGCUACGAUGAAGCUUUUCAGCUGGCCAGAAAGAAUGGCAAGUUACAUUUGUACGGAGAAAUACUGAUACAGACUUCACACGCGAGGUCAGAAGAUUUUAAAAGUUUAGCGUUGCAUUUUGAAGGGGAGAAAAAUUAUUUAUUAGCUGGAAAGUUUUAUUUUCACGCCGCGGAGUAUAGCAAAGCGUUGUCACAUUUGUUAAAGACUGGUAGUGGCUCAGAGGAACUGGAGAAUGAGGCCAUUGGUAUUGCGAUUGAUGCUGCAGCAGCGAGUGACGAUGAACGGCUAACGAGAAGGUUAAUAGAAUUUCUGCUUGGCGAGACAGAUGGUACGCCACGCGAGCCGCGUCACUUGUUCCGAUUGUACAUGGCCAAGAGACAGUUCACCGAGGCCGCAAAAACAGCUGCGAUCAUCGCGGGCGCGGAGUGCGCGGCGGCGCGGUACCGGGAGGCGCGCGACGUGCUGCGUGACGUCACGCGCGGCGCGCGCGCCCGCCCCGCGCCCGCCCACGUGCGCCGCGCGCUCGCCGCGCUGCACUCCUACAUACUGGUUCGUACUCAUGUGAAGCGCGGCCGGCAUGAUCUUGCCGCUCGACUGCUACUACGUAUUGCUGCUGAUGUUUCUUUCUUCCCAACGCAACAACAUCAAGUAUCAAUAUUGACGUCGACAGUAAUAGAAUGCGGUCGUGCCGGGUUAAAACACGAGGCUCAUCACUGGGCUAAAGUUCUGAUGCAACCUGAAUAUAGGUCACAGAUCGAUCCGAAGUACAGCAAGAAAAUAGAGUCUGUGGUGCGACACGCGCCGCGGGGCGGGCCGGGGGCGGAGCCGGGGUACGGUGCGGGGGCGGCGGGGGCGGGGCCGGGGGCGGGGGCGGGGUGCCCCGUGUGCGACGCCGCGCUGCCGGCCGCGGAGCUGCACUGCACGCGCUGUGAAGCACACUUACCCUUCUGUAUCGCCACUGGAUUGCAUAUCGUCAAAGACGAUCUCACGGCGUGUCCAGAAUGUGACUUUCCGGCCAUCUACUCCGAAUUUACAGAACUUCUACAAGAAGACGGCAAAUGUCCUAUGUGCGGCGAGAACGUGGACUACCGUCGGCUCGUCAAGAUAGACGACGUGUCGCCCUACUUGGACAUUAGCACCACGGAAUAGAGUUUAUUUUGCAAUGUGAUAGAUAGACCGUCCAUAUAUGCCGUAACUAGAUCUCCGUCCAUUUAGUUUUAAGUAAUUAAUGGUAGCUUUAGUAUUUUAUCAACUAUAUAUCCUUACUAAGGAUUUUGUGUAAUAGUUAUUGUAUCUACGCAGCAACUGUGCUGUUUUCGUAGUUUCAUUGGAUUAUAAAUGAAUUUAUUUCUGUAUCAGAAUACGUUUUA